AUGCUGAAAGCUCUUACAAUCUUUUUGUUAUCGUCAGGCAUUGUUUUGUCUACCGAUGAGGGUCCUAGCAAACAUUCGGUAUCGCGCGUGGUCACCGUAACGACACCGAGCAGUGAAACCAUGAACGACGUUCUUAUCAAGUUCUUCAACGCAAACGUAUCACCGGUUGUGGACAUGGCCGUCAAACGAACAACGAGCGAUGUCGACAUGUCCAUUACACGGCUGACCAACCAUGUCACAUCGCUGUUCACAAGUAUACUCGGCGUGUUGGAGGAGAUAAGAGCAAACAAAGCUGUCGCAUCACCGGCGUUGGGUGCAGGUAAGAAAGAUGGUAAUAAAACAUCGGCUGACCCAUUUCCGGGCUACCUCGAGGAUUACCAAUUUCUCAUGGGGAUUGUCACCGGAGCAGUGCGGUGUGGUGAGUGUUGCACUUGCCUAAAGGGAGAAAUGUGUCUUUUCCACGUGUACGUUCAGCUGUUCCUCAUCGUCAACAACAACCCGUCCUGGCAGCCGCCCAAUCUCCUGACUGCGGUUAGCUUCAGCGGUAUCUCGACGAACAAAAACAGCGUAGCUCUCGAAUUGGUUCUUCAGAAUCUGGGAAAAAAGCGCUGUAUGACCUGCAUGCUGUGCAAGGAAAUUUCACGCGAUCAGAAAUUAUCGUUCAUGUUCAACACGGACGUGAUCAGCAAAUUAUUUGGGAGUGGUGAUAGCGCUGACAAGCAGAUGCUGUUGAACUUGAUUACGGGUGGUGCUGUGGGACCGAAGGGUUUUGAACACCAGCUCAAUCUUUUGCCCAUUCUGCUGUCUUUUGUUGAGAAGGGCAAGCGUGGUAAAAGCGCUGCGCCAACGUGCCCGUUCAUGGGACAAUCGAGCAGGGAUACCUGCCAUGCUAGCGUGCCUGCAAGCACAACUUGUCCGUCUCAGCUUCCGCCAGUACGACCAGGGGUACCUAAUGCAACUGCUCCACCCGCAUGCAAUGUCCCUACGAGUUCUACAACGCCAGUCGGUGCACAACCUGCGUACGGCAUACCCUUCUCGCCCAGCGGAGUGCCUGUCCACCAGAUUAACCCGAGUGCACAGUCAGGGUCUAAACCGGCAUACGGUGUUGGUUAUGGUACGUACGUUUAAGUAAAAGUGCUUUUGAAGUGAA